AUGUCAACAACAACUCUAAUUAUUGUAAUUGUUGGUAUCGCUGGCUUUUUAUCUUUAAUUGCUCCAAUAUUCUUUGGAGUUGGUGUUUCCCAGUAUGUUAGAGCUCGAAACAGUCAAAUUAAAUAUGAUUCGAAAACAAAGUGUUUACUGCUGAAUUCUAAUUAUACCACGCGUAACUGUCAGUCAUGUUCUAGCUGCGAAGGUUAUCAAGAACCACCGAGUGGAUUAGGUCAGCCAUGCGUGCCGGUCUGCACAACUUAUACAUGCUAUGAUGGGAAUUUUCUUGUUAGCUAUCCGAUUUUCGAUGGAACAAAUAUUAUAAGCUUUAUUUCAACUUCUGGCAGCAGUAGUCAGCUUAAUCUUUAUGUAAGCAUAAAAGUAUAUAUAGAAAAUGCAGUAAGCUUCCUGUGUAGGGCUAAACUAGUCAUCCAACUCGAGUGAAUGCCAAGUAUGGCUAGUUGUAAGAUAUUGAGAGACGAGGAUCGUUGUAUAUUUAAAUCAAUUAAGUUCAAGACAAGAUUUUCAAGGACAAACUAAUCUGCAAAUAUGUUCAUCGACACUAACAUUUUCGAAAUGGUGGCAGUUCAUCAUAAAUAUGCGUUUUCAUGCCGAAAUUCUAGCUUUCAAAUGCACAAUUGCUCACGAAAGUAACAUCAUAUUUUCAAUCAAGAGAGAUAUUUGUUAUUCAGUAGUGUAAGGAAUUCUCAUAUUUGAUUGAACUAUCACGGUGGGAAAACCAUGGCUCAAAUUAUUUGUAGGGAGAAAAAAUGGUAUCAAGACUAGAGUUCUAUGGAAACUUCUGAGGUUCCUAUAUGUUUUUAAACAUAAAUUUUCGCCGUGAGUAUCAAUAUGAUGUUACUUUUUAUGGGAGUCUAUAGAGUUUUCGAUUUCAAACUAAGGUUCUCGCCAAAUACUUCAUAUAGGAGAUUCAAUUAGGAAAAAUAGACCUGAUAAAUUCUAAAAAUACGAGCACAAAAGCACUCUAGUUUGAUAAACUCGAUUUUCCGAAAAAACUUAUUACGAUAUAUAAAUCGGUAGCAGCAUGAUACCGUGUAGGAAUGCAACAGUUAACCGUUCAAAUCGACAAGCGGUUCUUAGUAGUUUUCACUGUUUUAAAUGUAUUAACCAUUUUACUGUGUUUUUCACUACCUAAAGACCUUUUUGCGAAAAUGACGAUAUUUUAUAAAGAUUGACAAAAUUACAACAGUAUCGGGUAAUCCGAAUCUGUAAUCAGAUUUUCAAAAUUUUGCACAUGAUUUUCUCACUGAUGAAAAAUAAUCGUCUGAGUGCACGGAUUUGGAUUCCUCGAUUCCGAUCAACUUUCUUCAACGUUUGUAGAAUAUCAUCAUUUUCUUAAAAACCUUUUUGUGUAGCGAAAGCAACUGGUUAAAAUGAUUAAGAUGUUUAAGACAGUGAACUCUACUGAAAAUCGAUUAUUAACCUUCAUCCUUGCAUCCCUAACACUGUACAUUUUCUCGAUGACGAAUGCAACUUAGUUUAUGACAGUUCUCUUUUUUAGAACGAGGAUUGAUGACUAGUUCUUUUUCUCGUGAACUGUGUCAAUUGUAUCAACUGACCAUCUACCGAAUAAUUUGUAACCAAAAAAUCUCCAGCUACUGUGUAAUGGCAAUAUCUAGUUCCAAAGUCAUGGCAACGAGUUAACAGAGAGUCACAUUUCCAGUAGAGUUGUACGUCUCACGCUCACGAACGUGAAACAAUCUUAUCAGUGUCAAAUAUGCAAGAUACCUAUUUAAAUCAAUGGAUUUUUCAUUGGGAUAAUCUUUUAAUAAAAAUCAUCAAAUAUUUCGUAAAAAGAUAUUUUCUUCGAAAAAAACUGAUGUAUUUAGUAGAAAACUGCUUGCUGUGAAAGAUUAAAUUUUUAUAAUGAGACUCAAAUUUUUAUAAAAAAAACAAUUGAUGGUUUUUACUUGAAAGUGAUUUCCACGAAAAAUGAAUUGAUUGAAAUGGGUACUGCGUAAAUUUGACGUUGAUGAGAUUCACUCAUAUACAUCAGCAAAUCUCACCUGCAUACGAGGUGCAUUCUGAAUAUCGAGUUCUUAAAAAUUUCUGGCUGGUGUGAACUGCGUUCAAAAAAGAGCUGAUUGCUUGGAUCUGGUCUCGGAAAUAGAACUGAUAACUGGAUCC